CCACGACGAGCGCCUGCUCCACUCAUCCAUGGCUACACGCACGCAGCGCCUGACCGCGCGCUCCGAGUUCCGCUUUGAGCUCGAGCCCGGAGAGCGCAUCUCGCUGCGCCUCGUGCCCGACAGCGGCGACGCCGAGGUCUUCGGCGCCGAGCUCGUGCCGGGCAAGGAGCGCUGGUACGCGUUCGGCGACGAGGCAAAGGCCGCCAUCAGCACGUGGGCCGGCUGCGAGCUCGAGAUUGCAGGCCGCGCCUCGACCGAGUACGUGCCCGAUGACCCGUCGCCGACGUACACGUCGUAUGCCAAUGUACACUUGCAUCUCGAGGGUGCCCGCCUGCGCGCCCGGGCGGCGCUGCGUGCCCAGCCGGACCUGAUCCGCUCGCAGGCGAGUGCUGCACUCGCCGCGCCCACGCAGCCCGGCGAGGGCGGCGCACUGCCCAUCAACGGCGACGCCGAGACGCAGCUCUACUCCGCCGUUGGACAGGGGCCACGCGUGCUGGUUGUUGGCCCGGAGUCGGCGGGCAAGAGCUCGCUGGUGAAGCUGCUGGCGAACUACGCGCUGCGCAGUCCGGCAGUCUGCAGUACCGGACUGGAGGAAGAGGGCAAGGAGAAGGACUCAAAGAGCGCAGAGGAGAGCGAGGUGACGGGAUGGUGGCCCACCGUGGUGAACCUCGAUCCAUCAGCAGGUGCUCCCCCACUGCCCUGCACACUGUCUCUCCUUCCUCUUUCGCCUAUGCCGUCGGCCGCGCUGCCAUCAUGCUCGCCGGCCUUUCCCUUCGGCACGACAGCACCGACGACCGGCGCAUCAGCGCCCGGGCCCGGCGCUGCACAUGGCGUUGCGCCUCUGACGCUCUGGCUCGGCAAGGAAGACGUGCGCGCCAACGAGACGCACUCGAUGCGUGUCGUUGAGUGGCUUGGCGCUGCGCUCGAGAAGCGGUUAGCGCGCGACCCGCGAGCACGGAUGAGCGGCAUCAUCGUCGACACGCAGGGCGUGACGAGCGCAGACGGCAGAGGCCGGUAUGCGUUCCUGCAGCACUGCAUCCGCACACUCAAGAUCGACACGAUCAUCGUGCUCGGACACGAGAAGCUCAACAUCGAGCUGUCGCGCAUCUUUCCCACGCCAGAGUCGGGCAUUCGUGUGCUCAAGCUGCCGAAGUCGGGCGGAGUCGUCGAGCUCGACAGCACAUACAAGGAGCGACUGCGGGCCCUGCAGAUUCGCUCGUACUUCUACGGCGGCUCCGCGAGCGCGAGCCGGCCAGAAGGCGAAGGCGAGGCAAGCAGCGCCACCUUGCCAGGGCACGCUGAGCCCUUGGGCGGGCUGCCAGCGCUCAGUCCGCUCACGACGUCCAUCCCGUUCGAUCUGCUGGAGAUCUACCGCGUCGGGCAAGAGAACAUGGCGCCAUCGUCUGCGCUGCCCAUCGGCAUGGGCCGCACGGUGACAGAGACGCAGCUCGUCAAGCUUGACCCGGUCAACAGCGCAGGCGACCAGGCUGCGGUGCUCCACUCCGUCCUCGCACUGAUCGAGGCGCCGCGCGGCGGAGGCGGGCCUGGGCAGGCAGACUCGGCUAUCGAGCCGCCGCCAUCCGACGACGAGAUCACGGGCGCGACCGUCCUCGGCUUCAUCCACAUCGGAAGCAUCGACGCAACGCGCAAGAAGAUGAGCAUUCUCUCGCCGAACCCAGGGCGCAAGCUGCCGAGCAAGACGGCGUUGCUCGGAACACUAGACUGGCAGGACGCAUGAGCCGCGAGAUCGGCAAUGCAAUGACUCUCGUCUUCACGACUCUGCACGUGCGCG